AAUCGGCUGUGAGAUCAGCCUCACGGAUUCUGGUCUCCGCCCCCUCAAACUCCACAAACUUAACCCCACCCCACACCCGACUCGCCCUCGCUCACUCACUCAGUCCUCCACCGAGUUCGCCUGAGCUCGACUCGCUCCCAGUCCCUCUCUAUCUCUCUCUCUCUCUCUCUCUCUCCGUUUUCGAUGGAACCAAAAUCAUCGGCUUUCAGCUCCGACCUCCAUCGCCAGCCGUUGAUUCGUUAGAACUUAGAAGAAUCUUUUCGGUCACCGCUUUGCUGUUUGACUUUUCUUUGAUUUCCGAGAAUCAGAUGGCUCACCUCCCUUUGAUUCUACUCGUAUCUGCGCUUUGUGCUUCUCUUCCCGCUCUGGACGCAAGUGCCGGCGAUGCUGAUCCGAUAUACAAAUCUUGUGUGGAGCAGUGCGAGAAAUCUGGAUGCGUUGGCAGCAAAUGCUUUCAACACUGUAAAUUUUCAUCCGAUGGUAAACCUAUUGAUGGACCGUGGUAUAUGCAAGAACCACUGUAUUUGCGAUGGAAACAGUGGGACUGUCGCAGUGACUGCCGAUACCAAUGCAUGCUUGACAGGGAGGAAGAAAGAGAGAAACUUGGUGAUAAACCUGUCAAGUAUCAUGGAAAAUGGCCAUUCAGGCGUGUUUAUGGCAUCCAGGAACCUGUAGCUGUUGCUCUCUCUGCUCUCAAUCUUACAAUUCAGUUUCAUGGAUGGAUAUCAUUUUUCAUCCUUCUAUACUACAAAUUGCCUUUGAGACAAAGUAAGAAACCGUACUAUGAAUAUGCCGGAUUGUGGCAUAUUUAUGCAAUCAUAUCUAUGAAUUCUUGGUUCUGGAGUGCUGUAUUCCAUAGUCGAGAUGUGGAGUUGACAGAGAAGCUAGAUUACUCUUCUGCUGUCGCACUAAUUGGUUUUUCCCUCAUUCUCUCAAUAACGCGAGCUUUUAAUGUGAGAGAUGAGGCUGCUAGGGUCAUGGUUGCUGCGCCGCUCGCUGCUUUUGUGACUACACACAUUUUGUACCUGAAUUUCUAUAAACUUGAUUAUGGUUUGAACAUGAAGGUGUGCGCCGGUAUGGGUAUCGCUCAGCUUCUUGUUUGGGCAGUUUGGGCUGGAGUCACUCGCCAUCCGUCACGCAGGAAGUUGUGGGUAGUUGUUGUCGGGGGAGGCCUUGCCAUGCUUCUGGAGAUAUACGACUUCCCACCCUACCGUGGAUUUGUGGAUGCUCAUACUCUUUGGCACGCAACCACUAUCCCUUUCACUUACCUCUGGUGGAGUUUUGUGAGGGAUGAUGCAGAGUUUAGGACAUCAACUCUCCUCAAGAAAGGAAAAUAGUGAUUCAAGAUCCAUAUUCAUGUACUAAUCAAAUCACAUGGUGGAUUUGUAUCACGAGUACAUGAGAUGCUUACCCCUGUUAAUUCAACUCUGUUUCUUCUUCUUCUAUGUUUUGUUUUUGUUCUUUGUUUUUUCCCCUCAUCUGUAUGGAUUUUUUUUUUUUUUUUUUUUUUUCAGAAUUCGUAUCAUAGUGGUUCCCGUUGGUUUUCUUCAAUUAUGGCCGGUACCAGUCAAUUGUUUCCACGGGGAUCUGUGGAUAUUCUGUUACUGAAUUUGAAUUUAAAGUUUAUUGUGCAUGUUUUCUUCUUCCCCUAAGAAAAUUUCACUCGGAGAUGUAAGAACUCUGUAUAAAUUUAUAAUAUGUAAGUCUUGGUUUAUAUUUC